GUCGCCCUCCGCCCGGACAUAAACAAACCUCGCCCGGUUCCCCGCUGUCGCUCCGGAGCUCGCGCCGAUCCUCACCUCUCUCUCCUGGGGUGUAGCUGGACUCUGCGCCACCAGCCUAGCCACCGGCUCCUUUCGUCUCUCCCUCUGCGUUAGGCAGGUGACAGCUUGGACAUGUCUCGGGAACUACAGGACGUGGAUCUGGCAGAGGUGAAGCCUUUGGUGGAGAAAGGAGAGACCAUCACCGGCCUCCUGCAAGAAUUUGAUGUUCAGGAGCAGGACAUCGAGACUCUGCACGGCUCCCUGCAUGUCACGCUGUGCGGGACCCCCAAGGGGAACCGGCCCGUCAUCCUCACGUACCACGACAUCGGCAUGAACCACAAAACCUGCUACAACCCCCUCUUCAACUCCGAGGACAUGCAGGAGAUCACCCAGCACUUUGCCGUGUGCCACGUGGAUGCCCCUGGCCAGCAGGACAGCGCCCCAUCCUUCCCCGUGGGGUACAUGUACCCCUCUAUGGAUCAGCUGGCCGAGAUGCUUCCUGGGGUCCUUCGCCAGUUCGGGCUCAAGAGCGUCAUCGGGAUGGGCACAGGAGCAGGCGCCUACAUCCUGACCCGCUUUGCGCUCAACAACCCCGAGAUGGUGGAGGGUCUUGUCCUGAUCAACGUGAACCCUUGUGCAGAAGGCUGGAUGGACUGGGCUGCCUCCAAGAUCUCUGGGUGGACCCAAGCCCUGCCGGACAUGGUGGUGUCCCACCUCUUUGGGAAGGAGGAGAUGCACAGCAACGUGGAGGUGGUCCACACCUACCGCCAGCACAUCCUGAAUGACAUGAACCCCAGCAACCUGCACCUGUUCAUCAACGCCUACAACAGCCGACGGGACCUGGAGAUCGAGCGGCCGAUGCCGGGAACACACACCAUCACCCUGCAGUGCCCUGCGUUGCUGGUGGUCGGGGACAACUCUCCUGCCGUGGACGCCGUGGUGGAGUGCAACUCGAAACUGGACCCCACGAAGACCACCCUCCUCAAGAUGGCGGACUGUGGCGGCCUCCCGCAGAUCUCCCAGCCGGCCAAGCUCGCAGAGGCCUUCAAGUACUUCGUGCAGGGCAUGGGAUACAUGCCCUCUGCCAGCAUGACCCGCCUGAUGAGGUCCCGCACGGCCUCCGGCUCCAGUGUCACCUCCCUGGAGGGCACCCGCAGCCGCUCCCACACCAGCGAGGGAGCCCACCUGGACAUCACCCCCAACUCGGGUGCUCCUGGGAACAGCGCAGGACCCAAGUCCAUGGAGGUGUCCUGCUAGGCGGCCUGCGCCCGUGCCCUGGACUCUGGUCUCCGUAGCGACACCCCUCCGCCCUUCGCGCCUCUGCCCGCACCCUGCACUAACUUGGUAUUAAUCCAAAGCUUAUUGUGUAAGAGUGAGCUCUGGUGAUGGCGGGUUGCGUCUGUCCAGGGUGCCUUCCGACGCGGGGGGGCAGCAGGGGACCUCAAGGAGGAGGCAUCUUUGUGUCCUGUUUUCGUUGACUAGUGGCCUGGUUGCCACUCUUUAACCUGCCCUCAGAGACACCCAGCUGCCCAAAACAAAAACCAGCAGCAGACUCUUUGCAAUCCAGCGUGGGCUGAGCCAGCUUCCUGGUUCAACAUCCUGGCAUUUCCCCGACCCACCUACUUCCUGCUUCCUCUCCAAGGCAGCCAGAUUGACCCAGCUCCUGGAAAGCACCCCGUUUCUGAUCUGGGGAGGGGAAAGAGGUGGAGUGUGGGUACUUCUUUUACAUAGGCAAAACAGGAAAGGGGAAAAGGUGGAGGCUGAGGCAUUUGGAAAAAUAAGUCCAUGAAGAAGUCAGUUUUUGAAGUGUUGAUGCAGAGGCACCGAAGCCUGUUUCUCUGGGUUCUUUUAACAUGUGAUAGAAGCCAGCAACAGACUCCCUUGUAUUUCUAAAACAGCCUUGGGGCAAGCGCUUGUGGUCAGUUGGAGGCUUCUGCCCUGUCCUCUGCCUCCUCUGCAGCCCCUGCCUCCCUCCCACCUAUGGGACUGAGUGAUUCUUUUCGUUCACGGGGACCAUGGUUUAGAUUUGUAGCUGCAUUCUUUAGAGUGGAGCUGGACAUUCCAGCCAGCUGUCCCUGGCCGCCGUGAGUCUCCAGGCUGGGAAGACAUUAAGGGAUUCUGAUGGUUGUGCUGGGAUCCAGUGCCCUUGUGAUUUCAGUGGCUCCCAGCCUGUUUCCAAGGAAUCUGGGUGAUUGAGUUAAAUCCAGCCUCCUGUUGUUGACUUCAGGGGUUGACUCUGAACUUGAACGCUGGAUGUCUCUGACCUAGGACCAAGACUGGGUCUCCAGAGAGAACGCUUUGCUCUUGUUGGGGAUGGGAAUUCAUGUGGGGAGUGGGCUGGGAAAACUAAGAGUUCUGGUGUACACGUUCCCUGGGAGUUUCUGCUGCCACCCCUCCUCCUGCCCCACUAACCUCCUUCUGCUGAAUGGGGAGGUGCCCCUGACUCUUCUGAGCAGCCUUGGCACAGCCAUCUGGUUCCUAUACUACUGCCUUUUGAUUUUCAUUUUGGCUAACCAUGGAUUUUCUUAUAGGAAGUUUGAUCAGAAUGAAUCGAACAUUGUGAAUCAGCCACUGGGACUUGGUGAUUUCCAGGUCCCUCGAGCUGGUAGAAGGAAGUAGUCCUGCCUUCAAGGUGCUUGAGGGGCAGUGACUCAGUUUACCUGCCACCUGCCCACCUGGAGGCUUCCCCUGACCUUGUGCAGGGACCCAGGCAAGAGUGGCUGAACGCAGACCAGAAACUAUUGUACACGUCUUUCCAGAGGACUUUCUUAAUGAGAUAUUUGUAUUUAUUUCCAGACCAAUAAAUUUGUAACUUUGCA